AUGGACUCCGAACUUCCUGCUGUGAAUACUGCGCAACUUGAAACUCCUGUUUUCCAUAGAGAUCAUAAUGAACCUCCAUCUAGUCAACAGUCUGUUACUAACAGAUGUAGUACAUCUCGGAGUUUCGACCAAAAUUUUGCACAGCACCCAUCUGUGGAAGUUCCUUUAGGAACCCCCAUCCGACCUAUGCCCUAUGCUGAACCUUGUACAAUUAUUACAGAUGUUAAUCAUAAUGACAAUACUUACCACACAUUGGAGACUCCGCAGCAAGUGUCUUCUCGAAAAUCAACUCCUUCAAACCAGCAUUCAUCAACAACUUUGUCAUGGGAAAUACCUCUGUUCACGCCGCAGUCGGCGACUGCCACUCAGGCUGACAGUUCAAGUACAGAGCCUCCGACUGAUUCUUCAUCUGAGAAUAUGGCAAAACGAGUUAUUCCAACGAACAAUGACUCGCAAACCGAGCGAAACAAAUGGGAAACUCAUCACGACCUAAAGAAAGUCAUGUCCCAAAUCGCCAUGCUGCAGAAAGAGAAAAGCAAGCGACAACAAAAGCCGCUUUCUGAUUCCAGCGGCAUUAGUUAUAAAGGCACUGGAAACUUUCUUUCAUUGGAAGCACAAACGCUUCUGGCCCACAGAUGCGUUGUCAGCACACAGGCCUUCCAGAAGGAUGAUAUUAUCAUGGACUACCAUGGGGUUGCUGUGACAGAUAAAACAUAUCAAGAUUUGAUAAGGAACCGUUCUGUUCCGACUGAAUUUGUGCUGGAAAUUGGCGCGCCUGUGAAGCGUUUCAUCGAUGCUUCUUCAGAAGUGUGUGUUGAACAUCCAACCAACCGCUGUCUUGGUCGACUGGCUAAUCACAGCACGCUAAACUCCAAGAAGAAUUUGGAUGCGAAUAUGAAGAUCAUAGAAGUUGUUCUUAAUGCCUUCGAUCCGCCAAAACGAUUAGCUGUAUUCAAAGCCCGAAGAAACAUUGAGCCUUUCGAACAGUUACGAUACGAUUAUGGCGAUAAAGUUGCUCGAUACAUGUUCAACAUGUGA